AAAACAUUUAAACAAUAAACAGUAUAUAAAUCAUGAAUAAUGAUGCAUCAAACGAAACAUCAAAUGUUAAGAAUGAUGAAAUUGUUUCAAUUCAUAAUGCAUAUAAAAAGGAAUUUAGUCGUAUUAGUGAAGAACAUCACUAUAAUUUAAAUAGUCUGGAACAAUGCUACAAAGAACAAAUAUUAAGUGUAAUUAAAGAAAAAGAUUCAAUAUCACUUCAAUUACUAUCAAUUUUCCAAUCUUUAUAUGAGCAUUUUCAACACAAGUUAAAGAAAUUAAGGCCAAAAACUCAUAGAGUAAUUGAUACAUCUGCUGAGAAAAUAGAUUUUAUCAAUGAAACAUAUCAAUGUAUCAUAAAUAGCUAUGAAAAUAAACAACAAGAUUUAUUCAAAGAAAUUUUUGAAUUAAAAAAGAUUAUCACGGAAGAAAAGAAGAUUAAUUUAAAUGUUUCAUCAAUUGAUAUGCUAGAAAAAGAGAAUUCUAUUUUAAAGCAAAAUUUGAAUUCUAAUGAAUUAAAAAGAAAUUUUAAGUCAGAGUUAAUGACAGGAGUUCUUUUAUGGUGCUUAGGUGUAAUAGUCUAUCACAAAAAGGGCACAACACCAAAAGAAUAUCCACAAAUAGAGUAUUUACUUGAACUUAUUUUAGUUAUUACUAUAAUUUGGCAUUUGGGAAAAUUUGGAGAAGAUCGUAAAUUAGGCUUACUAAAUUUAAUUGUUUGUGGAACUAUAUGUUGU